UUCGUCUUCCCCACACUCUCACUCAUUCUGCACUUUACCUUCCUCAAAUGGAGUACGGCAGGCUCGAAAAACCGGAAUCCGCCGCCGCAACACGGAGCCUCACCGUCGACGACUACAACUACAACAACCGCGCUCCAAAUCGCUUCAAGCUCAACUUCAUUCUGUUCCUCGCUACCACGCUCCUCGUCGCCUCCGCCGUCUCCGCCGCGCUCGUUUUUUUCUCACGAAAUCGAGUGGAUGAUUCCGGCGCCGGCGCCGGCGGAAGAGUGCACGCUCACCGUCCUUCGCAGGCGAUUUCCCGAGCAUGCGGCAGAACGAGGUACCAGAGCCUCUGUUUUAAUUCGCUCCUGAACUUUCCCGGGGGCGCCGCCGCCUCCGACAAGGACCUCGUCCACAUCUCCGUCAAUGUCACUCUGCAGAAAUUCGGUCAGGCGCUCUACUCCGUCUCCGAGAUUUCUAAUCUAAAUAUGGAUCCGCACGUCAGGUCGGCGUACGAGGACUGUUUGGAGCUUCUCGACGAUUCCGUGUCUCUCCUGGCGCGGUCGCUCAGCUCCGUCGGCGGCGGCGGCGGUGGUGGUUCGCCGCAGGACGUGUUAACCUGGCUCAGCGCCUCCUUGACGAACCAGGACACGUGCACCGAAGGCUUCGAUCAAGUAAACGGUUACGUGAAGAAUCAACUCUCCAAUCGAUUGAAGGAUCUCUCGGAGCUCGUGAGCAAUUGUCUCGCGAUAUACGCCGCCGCCGCCGGGGACAAGGAUUUCGCCGGAGUUCCGAUACAAAAUCGCCGGCGCCGAUUGCUGAGCAGCGACGGCAAAGGCAAAGCCGAACAAAAUUUCAACCGCCACCAGUUUCCGACGUGGUUAAAUCGCAGAGAGAGAAUGCUGCUGGAUGCGCCAGUUUCCGCCAUUAAAGCCGACGUGAUCGUCUCCAAGGACGGCAACGGAACGGUCAAAACCAUAGCCGAGGCCAUUAAAAAGGCGCCGCAGUACAGCAGCCGGAGAUUCAUCAUUUACGUGAAGGCAGGAAAGUAUGAAGAGAGUAUUCUCAAAGUGGGGAGGAAGAAGACGAACGUGAUGUUCAUCGGGGACGGAAAGGGCAAAACCGUCAUUACGGGUGGCAAAAGCAUCCAGGAUAAUAUAACCACCUUCCGCACAGCUACUUUCGCUGCAACUGGCGCCGGAUUCAUUGCAAGGGACAUGACAUUCGAGAACUAUGCCGGCCCGGGGCGGCACCAGGCGGUGGCCCUCCGCGUCGGCGCCGACCACGCUGUGAUCUACCGGUGCAACGUGAUCGGUUACCAGGACACGCUCUACGCGCACUCACAGCGCCAAUUCUACCGCGAGUGCGACAUCUACGGCACCGUCGACUUCAUGUUCGGCAACGCGGCCGCCGUGUUCCAAAACUGCACGAUCCACGCCCGCAAGCCGAUGCCCUAUCAGAAGAACACAAUCACGGCCCAAAACCGAAAGGACCCGAAUCAGAACACCGGCAUGUCGAUCCACGCUUGCCGGAUCGUCGCCGAGUCCGAUCUCCAAAUCACCAAGUCGGCCUACCCGACCUUCCUCGGCCGGCCGUGGAAGCUCUUCUCUCGGGUCGUCUACAUGCAGUCGUACAUCGGCGACCACGUCCACCCGAGGGGGUGGCUCGAGUGGAACGCCACGUUUGCAUUGGACUCGUUGUAUUACGGCGAGUAUAUGAACUAUGGCCCCGGGGGGGCCAUAGGCCAGCGCGUCAAGUGGCCCGGGUAUCGGGUGAUCACUUCGCCGGAGGAGGCCGGAAAGUUCACCGUGGCGCAGUUUAUAUAUGGCUCGUCGUGGCUGCCCUCGACCGGUGUUGCGUUCUUGGCCGGCUUAUCGACCUAAAUCGAACCGAAUCGAAUCGAAUCGACUCAAAUUUAAUUGAAAUGGGUUGUCCAAAAAAAAUAUUGUAUUAAUGAUUGGAUGGAUAGGAAGUACAUGAAAUUUGAGUAUAGUGAAUAAUUUGAUGUGUUGUAUCAUAUAUAUUUAUAUAUAUAUAUAUGGUAUGAAUAGUAAAUGUAUAUUUGAUUUGA